AUGAGAAAAGCAUGGAUAACUAAUGAGUACAAAGAACACUUGUGGAAUUGUGCUACAGCUACAACACUACCAGAGUUCAAUCAUAGGAUGCAGCAAUUCAGCUCAUUUGAUAUAGAAGCUUAUAAUUGGUUGAAGCAGAUUCCCCCACAACACUGGGCAAGAAGCCACUUCACAGGUAGAGCAGUUUCAGAUAUGCUUCUGAAUAAUCUUUGUGAAGUUUUUAAUAGCAAAUUUAUUGAGGGAAGGGACAAGACACUGAUAACCUGCUUGGAGUACAUUAGGGAGUAUAUGAUGAAAAGAAUAUACAAUUUCAUAAAGGUGCAAAAGAAGUGUGUGGGUCCACUAACCCUAUCUGCAACAAAGAUCAUGGAGAAGAAUGUGAAUUGGGAAUCUCAGUACACAGCUAGGUGGAAUGGGUCAGAUAAAUACCAAGUGCAAGGGACAUGGCAGGAUCAACAUGUUGUUGACAUGGUUGAAAGAGUAUGCAGUUGUAUGAAGUGGGAAUUAACAGGACUCCCUUGUAAGCAUGUCAUUGCAGUCCUAAAUGACAAAGCAGAUAAUGGUGAUGAAGUUGGAGAGUUGCACACUUACGCCCAUAGGGUGCACUGGCUAGAAACAUGGAAAGCAGCUUAUGUGUACAAGGUAGAGCCUAUUAAAGGUCGAGCAAUGUGGCCUAUAAGUGAAUGCCCAAUUAAAAUCACCCCUCCUCUACACAAAAAUCAGCCUGGAAGGCCCAAGAAAAAGAGGAGGCAAUCUGCUAAGGUGAAAAGCCAGAAGAAAGGAGACAAUGUUGCUAGUGGUAGUGGGAGUCAAAGCCAUAUUGCUAGUGGGAGUGGAAAGCUUACAAGAAAGUUUAUCCAAGUAACUUGCAGCAAGUGUAAAAUUAAAGGGCACAAUGCUAGAACUUGCAAAGGCCAAGGGGGUAAGUGA